AGAGAAGAAAGACAAGGGUAGGUAGAACCAUGAGGUUUUGUUAGGGUUUUUGCGUCAAUCCCAUUCCCAUCCGUCCCAACCGAUAAUAGUUUAACACAUUUCCAACAUCACACAGAUUAACCCAGCAAAAUCCGAAGCUUCGACAUCUCUCUCUCCACUCAUGAAACAUCUUUUGAGAAAGGUUCCAAUCUCCAACAGACAAUCCCUCAUACGUUUAGUGGCUUUGGCUACUGCUGGAUCGGGGCUCUUUUUUUCCAACAUUGAUACGGAUUCAAGAACAAUUGUUUCAAUAUCUUCGCCAUUGCGGGAAUCCUUAUCGUGGCCAUGGAGAACUUUUCAAGAGACGAUUCCUCGUCCUUCAUUUGUUUCCUUGGAUCCUGCACAAUAUGGAGAUCUUCAAUUAUUUUUUUCUAGAAUUGGCUUGGUCCCAUCAGCAGAUAUAAGCAAUAAAGUUUCUGGGGAGGUUGGAGAUGGACCAAAACCUUGUUGUGGAUGUUUGGGUAAAGAUACCAUUGCCAAUGCGGCUGCAAUGGUUGGUCCUGCUGUGGUCAAUCUAUCAGUUCCUCAGGGUUUUCAUGGGCUGACCGUGGGAAAGAGUAUAGGCUCUGGAACUAUCAUAGAUUCGGAUGGCACUAUUUUGACCUGUGCUCAUGUGGUUGUUGAUUUUCAAGGUUUUCGUUCUUUGUCCAAGGGGAAGGUUGAUGUAACUUUGCAAGAUGGUCGAACGUUUGAGGGUACAGUUUUGAAUGCUGAUUUACAUUCUGAUAUUGCCAUUGUAAAGAUCAAAUCUAAAACUCCACUUCCAAUGGCAAAACUUGGCACUUCAAGUAAGCUUCGUCCAGGGGAUUGGGUGAUAGCCAUGGGUUGUCCCCUUUCCCUUCAAAAUACAAUUACAGCUGGUAUAGUAAGUUGUGUUGAUCGCAAAAGUAGUGAUUUGGGUCUUGGAGGAAUGCGGAGGGAGUAUCUCCAAACAGACUGCGCCAUCAAUUCUGGUAAUUCUGGUGGGCCCCUUGUUAAUAUUGAUGGUGAAGUUAUUGGUGUGAACAUUAUGAAAGUAUUGGCGGCUGAUGGAUUGAGCUUUUCUGUACCUAUUGAUUCAGUUUCUACAAUCAUAGAGCACUUCAAGAAAAGCGGGAGAGUUGUUCGACCAUGGCUUGGAUUGAAAAUGCUUGAUCUUAAUGACAUGAUUAUUGCUCAGCUUAGAGAAAAGGAUCCUAAAUUCCCUAAUGUCAACAAGGGAGUUCUUGUACCCAUGGUGAGUCCAGGUUCACCUGCUGAUCGUGCUGGAUUCCGCCCUGGUGAUGUAGUCGUUGAAUUCGAGGGUAGGCCUGUUGGGAGCAUUAAGGAGAUAACUGAAAUCAUGGGGGACAAAGUUGGGAAACCCUUGAAGGUCAUUGUGAAAAGAGCGAAUGAUACUUCCGUGACUUUAACUGUGAUUCCUGAGGAGGCGAAUCCGGAUAUGUAAAUGACACAAGUUCUCCUUUGCAUAUGUAUUAUAAACAGUUCACAGAGAAAAUAUACAGUUAUCGGUGGUGGUCGAAGUGUUGGGUCGAUUUUAACAAUUUGUUUCUUGGAUCUUAGUCUCCCCUUUGGUCGGAGUUGUUCAACAUCUAAUUAGCAAAUUGUGAAUCAAAGAAAAUUACUUUUCUUUUAGUGUUUGUAAUGAUGGUUGAGUUGACUGCCUUCUUGUCAUUUUUCAUAUUUUUCUUCUCCAUUGUUUUUUCA